CUCGUCUCUUUCCUUCAAAAUUAUGAAAUGGAAAUAAGGAUUCAGUUUGAGAGCCAGACAUUAUUGGUUUAUUUUAAUUUUCAAUUUUCUGUAAUUUUUUAAUUAAAUUUAACGACUGAAUGGCAAAAACUGGACGAGCGGCUCAAUCGGCUCGAGCGACCGCCUCAGCCGCUCGUCAACUGCUACAUAAAACCGGAGCGGCUUUUAGACUGUUCCGAGCCGAUUUUGUGAUCGGGUGGCGGUUUUACCGAUCGGGCCUAGCGGUUCGGCUCGGCUUUAAUAACAAUGAUUGAUAUAUUGGGCUUUUCGAAAUGAAAAUUAUGUUUUUUUUUAGUUUUAUCAUUAGUUUUUUUUAUUGAAAUGUCAGUCAACAACAAGUCAACAUUAACGUAGACUUUUUAAUGUUGAAAAGAAAAAUAGAAAUUUUUUAAUUAAGCUUAAAGAAUAUUAUACUAUAUAAAAAAAAAGUUUUUCGGAAGAACCAAAAACCCUUCUCCUCCUCAUAAUCGCCAUCGACACAAAUUCAGAUCUCGUCUCGAACCCUAAGGAUAAUAGAGAAGACGGACCAAGGGUAUUUCUUGAGGCUAGUGGAAUAAGUGGUGGAAUAAGGGUAUUUUGAAGUCUUGGCUAGCAAUCACAUUUACCCUAUACUUUUUGUUUCUUUUCUCCCAAAGUGUGGAUCUUGUUGCUUUCUACUUCUUGUAGUGAUUGCAAAUGAAAUGGAUCAUCCAUCCGUUGUUUUACUAUUGAUUUUGGAUUUGUGUUGUUUGAAAAUAGUGGCUUCGAAGAUUAAACAAUUCUCACAUGAAAAAGCAUGGUAUAUAAAUUACAAUUUUGCUGAAGAUCGAUAUUUUUUAAUGGUAUUAUCUCAAUUAUGUUCAAAUCUAAAAGCUCACGAUAAUUUUGUCAUAAGCCAAAAAGGUACUUAUUUGACGCUUCUUGUGGCGUUUUGCUAGAAAUAUACGUCCUACAAGAUAUCAUAUCAGUACGAAGAGCAAAAAAAUAGGGCGACGACAAGUGUUCGUUCUGUGACAUACACGAGACUCAAACUAAUAUUUUCGGGGAGUGUGAGUGGUCCACACCAGGUUAUGGCGUGGAUUAGAGCUAACGUAUUGCUUUGAUUGUCGUCACGUCAGUUUGAAUGUUGCUACGCUUGGUUCAAAGCCAUGCUAGACACCAAGCAAGAGGCUGAGCUGGAAGAUUGGAGUGUGCUCUUUUGGUUUGUUUGGAAGGAAAGAAACGCCUACAUAUUUAAUUAAUGGCUCUUAAUCAUAGUGAAGAACCAGAGUAAUUUUCCUAUUAAUUAUAUGAAUCUCACUACAUGUAUAAAUAUACCAUGACUUGAUCAAUGAAUCGAUUUGAUUAAGAAGAAACAAAAAUACACAUUCAAAUAGUUUACAUGAUAACAAUGUGGAUGACAAAAUCUAUCGCACCCUAAAUGCAAACACUAGAGAUACCAAUCGCCCCUUAUAAAGACAAAAAAAAAAAAACAUAAAUUGAAUUUGGAAAGAAACAAAGUCAAGAGGUGCGGAUCACCCAAUGUUCGCCAUCAAUUUCAACCUUAAACCCAUAAAUCUUGGCAAACAAGUUAACCGCCCGCCUCACCCCAAACCCAUCCGCGUUACGAAAAUAGUCAUACCCGAACAUGACCCCGCCCGGUCGCAACAGCGGGAAGGCCCGGUUAAUAUCGGACCAAGCCGACAUAAACCCGUGACCCGCAUCGACCUCGAUCAGAUCCGCGGUCACCCCCCACUGGCACAAAUUCGACAGGGUCGAACCGGUCGAGAACGGGAGCGGCAAAAUCACAUCGGUCACGUUGCUAUACACCACGUUCUGCAUGAACUGGUACAACAACAUCACGUCCCCGUUGACAAAGUUGAUGAACUGGAACUGCUCGUUGAACCCUGGCCACCCGCGGAAGUCAUCGAUGCAGAUAAUGAGCGCGUCGUUGAGGCCGAGCUGACGUGUCAGGUUGGCCAUGUGGACGGCCGACGCGCCGAGGAAGGUCCCGACCUCGACGAUGGUCUUGGGCCGGACCUCCUCGAUGAGGUGGCGGAAGACGGCGCCUUUGGAGCCCCAGCCUUUGAGGCUCCGGUCCCGGAGCGUGUUGGCGACGUGGGGCGGCGGGAAGUUGUCGAAAGGUAUCAGAUGAAAAUCCCCAAAUUUUCAGUUCAAAUGCAACGGUCAACUCGCGGGUCACUUGGAGCGACAUCGUUUCUGGAAAGGCAACAAGCAAACCAAGUGGAAUGGCGCCGUCUCGAGACAAAGGGAAGAGCCUCAUCAAUACGUCGCCGUUAUGAACCAACGUCGCUUUCCUUCUUCUGCCUUUUGUUCCCUCUGCACUCUGUUUCUGAACUCUGCUUUCCUGUAAGGACAACAGCUCACUGGAGCUUGUCUUCUUUUGCUCAAUCCUUGUAUAAAAGCCACAAUGAUGAUCAAUGAAAACUAAGUUAGGGUUUCUACAACUACACUUCGUGUUAAAAGGAGAGGCGCCGCGGUAGAUGCGGUUGAUUAGGGUUUCGCGGAUGAGGUCCGUGGGUAAGGGAUCGGCGCAGCUGUUUGCGACCCGGAAGUUGUCGAAGUCCAAAGGGAGGGUCGUAACGGCGUCUGUUGUUUGUAGUUGGGAUGAGAAGUUGUUGGUGGUGGUGGCGGUGGCGGAGGAGGAGGACUAUCGGUGUACGAAGAGAUUUGGUUGAGGCUUGUUUUGGGUAAUGCAAGGCUAUCGGUGUUUGUGUAUAUGUAGUAGAGUGGGAAAAGGGAGGUAUACGUAGCUAGCUAGAUGUCAAUAUUGAAGUUGAGAGACUCGCAAAUUAGAAAAACGAGUUCCAGCUAGGGGGAUGUCCAUAUAUAGGAUGCGAGGGAUCCAUUCAUAUUAAUAAAUAAAAUGAUUGAUGUCGUCUUAAUGUAGAGAGAGGAUGUGGUUCAAUUAGAGUGCAGAACAACGAUGCAAACAUGUAAGAACAGAGAGGAGCAGAGGUUAUGUCCAAGUUGUCGAGUAAAAUGGGUAAAAUUAGGAGUGAUUGAUGGAUUCUAGUUUAAGACCACGAUGAGAGCAUAUUAAGGUUAACAUAGAUGAUUUUUAGUUUGAGAUAAUGAAUAUCGAGAAUAUUUACAAACCAGGGAGAGUAUCAUUUGCUUUUGGUAAAUACUACGAAGGUAUGCACAGAUUCGUUCUUAUUGGAAUUGUCGUUAAGAGAUGCUAUAAAUUGGUGCCUAAUUCAUCGUGUGUUAUCUGGUGAUUCUCAACUAGUUAUUCGGCGUGUGAGUUUGGGAGACUUGGCACAUGAUUUGGGUGGUGCAAUUCUAGACGAUAUUUGGCUUAUGGCAUCUAAAUUCCAAUUUGUUUCAUAUAGUUUUGCUCAUCAUCGCUUCAAUAGGGAUGCCCAUCUUGAGCCAAAAAAGGACCUUUUAUCAAAAUUUUGACAAUUGGUCGGCUUUCUCGAAUGGUUAAUAUCGAACUUAUGACUAUACAUGUACUUUGCUGAAGGCCUAGAACUGGCAUUGCAGCUGGGAUACAGAAAAAUAGAGUUCAAUAUGGACUCUAGAACACGUUGUACAUCAUAAAAAAACAGAGAUCGCACUUAUCACUGUCACGGGUUUCUUGCGAAGUUGUUUAGUUACUUACUUUGAUGAAUUGGACUAUUGGGAUUAUUCAUGUUUAUCGUGAAUAUUAUUUCGCAGCGAACUUCCUAGCUACUAAAGGUCGUUCUUUGGCACACAUCCCUUCAAUGCAAGCGACCUGAACCUUUGUUAUAGCAAUACCACGAUUCUAUGAAAAGUGCAUGAAUCAUAUGAUUAAUGAUAUGAUACAGGAUGAGUUUAGCAUCUUGUCUUCUAAAAAAACAUUUCGAAAUUGUUUAUGUAGCUAGGCACCACCCACUUCCACAUAUCCAAAAAUAGAGAAGACUUUUGUUCGAUAAAAUUUGACUCUUGUUAAGGCUUUGAACAUAUGACUUAGAUCAUGAAGCUAGUAAUCUUCUCUCUCGAUCAACUCAACACGGUAGGGUUUGGUGAGAUCCAUUCUAUUGGAAUAGCCUCGGGUGUCCGGAUCAAGUCAAUAACCAUAAGGUGAAUAACUCAUGAGUAACCCGUCUACAUUUGCGUGACAUUAGCACUCUUUUUUAUAAAUACACCUUUAAUUUUUAAUAGACGAUUUCUCUAUCGUUUUAAUUUGGAAUUUAAAUUUUUUUCACAGAUAAAUCAGAUUUAUUGUGUUUUUCAAAAUGAUACCCACUUUGAUAUAUUUUUGGAACAACAAAAUUGAGGCAUUUUUACCAGUUUAUACCAUGGUGGUAUCGAUUGGUAUUAAAUAAGAGCAUAUCAUAUGGUAUGAAAGAGUACCAUGGUGGUAUGAACAUACCAACAUUGUAAGAUAAUUGAAUACAUGAUAGUAGGAGUAUACUAACUGUCAUUUACGAUUUUCAAUAUUGUGUACCACAAGAUACCACCCCUCAUACCAGGGUGGUAUGGUACUUUUUGGUCCUGUAUUUUUUUCAUCUAGAAAUUUGUUGAUCCAAUAGAUCAUGAUGAAGUUGUUGCUUAUGUACAAAUAUUUUUAAAAACGACUUAAAAAUGAAUGAUAUACCAUAUGGUAUGGAGUUAGCAACGAGAGAUAUUAAAAAAUUCUAAAAAAUAUUGAAAAUUGAUCUCAUUUUGUAGAGAAAAAACGAGCUCGUUCCAUCUUCGCAAAAAAAAUUUGUUGAAAAAACCGAGUUAGAAUGAAGAAAAUAAGAGUCGAUAGAGAAAAUUAAAUAUUUUUAAGUUCUAGCCCGUAGAUAUGAAUUCGCUGGACCCACCUAACUCGUAAUCAAUGGUGGUUACUCACCCUAUCCUGGACCUAGCCUUGAAUAGGUUCAUAGGUUAGGCCUCGCUCUUCCUUAACCAAAGGUAUAUCGGACACACAACUAAUUAAUAAUAACAAAAAAGUUGUCAAAAUAGAAUAAUAAAUUCACUUCAUCUUAGAGCAUCCACAUUGGUAUUGCAUUCUCAAUUGCAAAAUGACAUGACAUAAGUGUUUGCAAUUGCAAAACCAAUUGCAUUGAUGUGACUACCAAUUGCAUAUUUGCAAACUUGCAACAAAUGCAAUUCCAUAUGCAAGUCAAAAAAGUCUACAAAAUGGAGAUUUUUUUAUUUUUUAUUAUUUUCUUUUCUCUUUUACUUAAUUUUCUAUAAUUUAAACAUAAUAUUUAAUUAUAUUUGCAAUAAUUGCAAGUUAAUUGCAUUGAUGUAGGUGAAUGAAAUGAAUGUGAUGUGGAUUACAAAAAAAUUGAGUUGACCAUAAAAAAACACAAAUGCAAUUUCAAUUACAAUUGCAUUGAUGGAGAUGCACAUCUAAAUUGUGUUCAUCUUUGUUCUAUUGUUUCCCCAUUUAUUCUUUGAGAGAACUUAUGAAAUAAAAUUCAAACCCAAAUAUAGUUAAUUUGAUUAAAAAAUUAAGGACCUAAAAAUCG